AUGCCGGAGUACCUCGACCCAUUUGCCGCAUAUUCGGAUGCAUCGAACGACCCCCGCCAGCCGGUCUUGCGCCCGCAGGACGCCCUGAGACUCCUCACGCGAUCGCCCCAUCCCUACCACCGCCAGAACUUUGAGCUGCUCGACUCCGUCAACAGCUACGCCGCCAGCCGGGAGAAGAGCUUCGACGCCAACCUCUCGCCGUCCACCUUUCCCGACCGCUCGAGAGAGCCUACGCCGAGCAGCGAUAGCGGCACCGAGGCAGACGACGAACACUUUCUCAAGGGCUUGCCCGCCCCGAAACGAUGGCACAAGGGCUUGCGAGGGCGGAAUGAAGUCUUGUCCGGCACUUCCACCCCACUCCCGUCCCCAGCACGCCUGGAGGAGGAAGGUCGGAGACUGUCUUAUACGUUGAAGAAGGACACCAGCUUGACCCAGGGCUUCCGACGCCCUAAAGAUAAUGCGAGGAGGAGGAGGAGGAGGGAGCUUGUUCGGCGAGCUACUGAGCUACUGAUACUCGGCGUCCUUGGAUUCCUGGUUCAGAAAAACCCUCAAGUCCGGCCCGUAUGGCGCAAAUGGAGUCAAGAGCUUGGUAUCGGCAUAGCAAUAUGGUUGCUUCUUGUGCUGCUGUAUCCAUUGAGGCUCUGCGCUUGGGCUUUUUGGCACCGGACACCUUCGAGGAAGAUACCUUUAUCUUUACCCUCAUCUUUCGACCCGGCGCCGCUCUUCUACCCGCCGGCCAUUACCCUGUUUGCCUCGUUUCUUAUCGCAGUUGACAACGAGGCAGUGCUUCUACCCAAUAUCAUCCUUGCCAUCUGCUCAUUGCCGCCCGCCCUGGUACCUACUCUAGAAUCCUCUGACCAAGGCUACAACUCGUUCCAUUGGGCCCUGUCAUGUGCGCCUCUGCUACUCUCCAAGGUACCUUGGACUGUUACUGUUGGUUGGGCAGAUGGGGGAACGACUGCUGCACGGACAGCAGCAGUCCCGGCUGAGACUGCGGUGCUUCUAUACCCGUUGUACUGCAACCUCGUUCUGGCGUUGCGCACUUUGACCACCACAAGCCUACUGACGGCAGAAGUGCAGCUGCUCGCCAUUGCGCUCAUCGAUGUUCUCAUGCUAUCCAUAUCGCCCCAGGCCUCCAUAAUGAAGGCGAUGCUAUGGGUCGGAGGGUUCGAUAUCCUCGUAUCAUGCAGCCAUGCAAUCAUGUGGGGUAUAGCAUUGGCUCGCGUGCCCAAGUGGCGUUUCAAGCGGCCACCCAGUCCGACAAAGCGAAGUUCAACCUUUCUCUCGUCCGUCAUGUCGUGGCGGAGAGUAAGGCAUGAUCUCUUCCAUGCGCCUAUGGACAGCUCUUCCUGCAGCUCGUGCGAAGCGAUUGACGACCCGAACGAGAGUGACGAUGCUGGCGCCAGGGCUUCCAAAGAACAUCUGCUCGUCAAGACCAUCACACUCGACGGAGCCGGUCCCACCGGGCUUGAGGGCAGCUCAAGCUGCGGUAUAGACGCGGGCCAUGAGUUGAGAUCCAACGUCAAAGAGGGUACGGUCGGCUCGCCACUACGUCGACACACGUUGCCCAGCACCGCAAAGCCUUUACGGAAAUCGAAUACUCACACGCCGUCCGGCCGGAAGAAGAGAUCGGCGUCCAUAUCUGUCCGGGCAUUCUUCUCCCUCACUCAGAAACAAGCGGCUGUUCGUAAAUGGAUCUAUGCCAUCUACGUUUAUGCCUGCAUCCUGGGCGCGAUAUUUGCCCCAGUCCCUUUCGUCGGUGUCAAGGAGGUGGUGAUGGACGAAGCGCUCCACGGUUACGAGCCAGUGGGAUGGGCCCUGGGCUAUCUCUUCGGAGACCUGCCGCGGUUCCGGUGGGAGGUUGUGAGCUGCAAUCUACAACGAUGGAUCUGCCUUCCCCCAAGAUGGGUGGAUCGGCAAGUUGAUCACCCGCCAACAGGGUGGCUCGAACGUCUCCAGGUGUCCUUUGUGGGCGAGGCGAACACCCGUCUCCUUCUCAGCGCAUACUGCAUCGUAGUCAUCGCCAUUGGGCUCAUUGUAGUCUUGCGCCUAUCACCAUUUUGUGAAGUGGACACGCGGCGAAAGGUGUUCCACUUCAUGAUGGUUGCCAUGUUUUUGCCGGCGACUUACAUCGAUCCUACCUUUGUUGCUCUUGCACUCUCGAUCAUUCUCGCCCUCUUCCUCCUUCUCGACCUCCUGCGGGCAAGUCAGCUACCACCACUGUCGAAGCCCCUGGCGUACUUCUUGGCCCCUUACGUGGAUGGGCGAGAUCUGCGGGGACCGGUCGUCAUCUCGCACAUUUUUCUCCUCAUCGGUUGCGCGAUUCCGUUGUGGCUUUCGCUGGGUUCCCUCCCACGGACUGGUACGGGCUAUCUUGAAGGCUGGGGCGUGCCUACGAGGGAAGUCGCCAUGGUAUCGGGCGUCGUGUGUGUCGGACUAGGAGAUGCUGCGGCGUCUCUCAUCGGGAGACGUUACGGACACCGGAAGUGGCUCUGGGGAGGUGGCAAGAGUCUCGAAGGGAGUGCCGCUUUUGCGGCGGCCGUGUUCGUAGGCCUCGUAGCCGCACACAUAUGGUUACGACUCGGCGGAUGGCGUGCGACGACGGGCCACCCGGAUUCCUGGGGUGCAACGCUCCAGAAGGCCGGCACCUGUGCUGGCAUAUCUAGUUUGACGGAAGCGGUUCUGACUGGUGGCAACGACAACGUCAUCGUGCCGGUCAUUCUAUGGACAUGUGUUAAAAGUCUCGGCGUUUAG